AUGCCCGAAAUAGCAGGAAAGCAAAUAGGCCCCAUCGGCUACGGCCUAAUGGGCCUCACAUGGCGUGCAUCACCGCCCUCGGAAUCGCAAUCCUUCGCCGCGAUGCGCGCCUCCCUCGCCACGGGCGCCAACUUCUGGAACGCAGGCGAGUUUUACGGCACGCCCACCCAUAACUCGCUUACCCUCCUGAACAGGUACUUUGAAAAGUACCCCGAGGAUGCAGAGAAAGUGGUGUUGAGCGUCAAAGGCGGGCUAGUGAACAUGAAGCCCGAUGGCACGGCUGAGGGGGUGAGGAGGAGUGUGGAGAAUUGCUUGAGUCUGUUGGGGGGGAAGAAGGGGAUCGAUGUUUUUGAGUGUGCGAGGGUGGAUAAGAACGUGCCUAUUGAGGAGACGAUGAGGGCUUUGGAGGGAUUGGUAAGGGAAGGAAAGAUUGGGGGAGUUGCAUUGAGCGAGGUGAGCGCUGAGACUGUGAGAAGGGCGGCGAAGGUUACGAAGAUUGUAGCCGUGGAGGUGGAAUUGAGUUUGUGGAGUUUGGAUGUUUUGAGCAAUGGGGUUGCGGAAGCGUGUGCUCAGCACAACAUCCCUAUGGUUGCAUACUCACCCAUAGGACAUGGUAUGUUGACCGGCGACAUCAAAUCGCCAGACGACAUUCCAGAAAACGACAUGAGAAAGAAGAUGCCUAGGUUCAGACCAGAGAACUUUAGCAAGAAUCUGGACUUGGUCAAGGAGCUGCAAGUUAUUGCCGAGCGCAAAGGCGUCACUCCUGCCCAGCUGGCUCUCGCUUGGUUGAGGAGUAUGUCGAAGAAAGACGGGAAACCCGAGAUUAUACCAAUUCCUGGCGCGACGACUGAAGCAAGGGUCUUGGAGAACUCCAAGGAUGUUACUUUGAGUGCUGGGGAGUUGAAGGCUAUUGAUGAAAUAUUGAAGGACUUCAAGGUGGUAGGGGAUAGGUAUGACGAGCAUGGAAUGGCGCAUUGCGAGGGUUGA